GAAGUCAAAUCCCUACACCACUGCAAGUGGUUGAUUUGUCUGAUGAAACCUUCCUGCUGGGAAAUGACUGGUUCGAGAGAGUCAAAGCAAGAAUUUAUUACGAUGAACAAAAAUUUGUACUAAAACAUAACGGAAAAAUAAUUAAAAUACCUAUCUCUAAUGACGUCACGAAAAAGAUUCUGGUGAACGAAGGUGAGAAAGAAGAACCAAAUGAUGAAGGGUGGGACAAAGAUGAAACAGAUCAAAUUCUAGAUGAAGUCAUUUACGAAGAAGAGGAAGUAGAUGAACGGAAGGGAUAUUUCGUCGAAGAAGAGAUGAAUGACCUGAAUUCUGAUAGUGAAGAUCGAAUGAAUAAUUUAGGACCAGCGGCUUACUUGUCUCAAGUAGAGGAAUUACUGACAACAAUAAAUGAAGAAUCGACGAAAACACUAGAAGAAAAGAUAAAGAACAUAGAAGUUGCGGAAGAAUUAGCCGAAGAACAAGUAGAACAAGCAAAGAAAUUGCUGUUAAGGGAAAGUGAUGUCUUGGCGCAGUCUGUUCAAGAGUUAGAAACCACCGGGGAUAGUAAUGGACGCGACAUCUUACAAUCAGCUAAGGGGUUACUUACACGAAUGAAGGAUACCAGCAAAUAUGACGAACAAAGAUAA